AUGGCGUCUGAAGACGAACAAAGCAGCGCAACAAGCACCAAUGCUACCACUCCCACAAGAUGGACACUGCCAUUAAACAUGAUGAACGACAUUCCAGCCGUCAUGUACCAAUGGCAAGUCGAUCCCAAGACGGGGGAGUCGACAUUUCUCUAUGUCAGUGAUUACUGCUGGGAACUCAUGGGGGUAUCUCCACAAGAAGCCAUGAACGACGCAAGCUCCAUUGUCAACCUGAUACACGACGAUGAUGUAUCCAUGUUCUCGGCGGCACUGAUCCAGUCCAUGCAUGACCUUACAGUAUUGCGAACACAAGUACGAAUGAGACGGCGAACGGGUGGUCAAGUCGUUCCCGUGCAAUUCCAAGGACGGCCACAACGGCAUGAGGGCGGGGUGAUUGUUUGGGAUGGCGUUGCCAUGGAGGUGGCAACCACCGUGCCACAACAACCUCCGCAGCAGGCCCUCGCAGUAGUACAAGAAGCCCAACUUCAGUCGGAUGCAGCCAUACAAUUGGUACAAGCCGAACGCGGCCUGACAGAAUGGCUGCAUCACGAAAUCAAGAAUCCACUCUCCGUCACCAUGGAAGCACUGCAGACACUCCAAGAACUGUUUCCUCACGAGGAGCAGCACCAAGUUGGCGCCGCCAAACAUGACGAUGAUAAUGCCGAUGAUGGGUACAGUGCUGCCGAGUGCCAUCAAGUCAUGACCGAAUCCAUCACUUACGUGGUGGAUUUGCUCAACAACAUGAUGGACCUCGAUCAGUGUGCGCAGGGGCAAAUGCCCGUUGUCAACACACCGUGCAACGUGCAGAAUGAUAUUCUGUUGCCCACGUAUCGCAUGAUGAGGCGGUUACGGCCCAAGAAUCCUGUCAAACUACGACUAUCGCCAUCCUUGAGGAUCCUUGGCGAGACCGCCCUUCAUCACGCAAGCAUGAGCUUUCUGGACUUGGAAGACGCCAGCGAGCACGAGAGUGAAUGCAGCACGAUGCAUUCUUCUGCCAGUUCUGCUGGGUUGGAUGAUACUAUUGUGGCCAAUGUGGACAAGCUCCGACUGCGACAAAUCCUGACGAAUCUGAUUGCCAACGCAUUUCAUUUCACUAGCCAAGGCUUUGUGGAAGUGGAUUUGCAAGUGCAGGAUUCGGUGUUUGCAUUUCAUGUCCGAGACAGUGGGUGUGGUGUGGAUUCGGGUGACAUUGAUACGCUGUUUACACGAUGGGAACAGCUGGGUACGUCCCGUAAUGGAACGGGCAUUGGGUUAUGCCUGUGUCAGGCUCUCCUCAAGGCCAUGGGGGGCAACAUUCGUUUGAACGCCGACUAUCACAGCGGGAUUGCUGGGCAUCCGGGGGCUGAGUUCAUUGUAGAAGUGCCGAUUCAUACAGCUUCCGUGGCAUCUCCAACAACACCAGCAGCCCAACAGAAACGAGCAUCAUCCACAAUGCAACGAACCCCUCCAAGUUCUUCGCUGACAUCAGCCAUAUUGGCAUCAUCACAAUCGACAUUGGAAAUGGACGAGACCCAGCGUUCCAAAGUGAAACCCACCCUGGCGACCACAGGUCCUCCUCCGUCCACCCAAACGGCAUCGCCCGAGUACAAUCUGUUUGUGGGCGUGUCAAACAUGUCAGUGGCAAAAUCGCCUGUCCGCAAGUCACCGAUCCAGAAGAAGAGCUACUAUCGGGGUCAGUACAGGUUUCUGAUUGUUGACGACGAAAAGAUGGGACGCAAGUUCCUGAAGCGACGUUUCUCCCGCCUUUUCCCGGGAGCUACAGUCACGGAAGUUGCUAGCGGGGAAGAGGCAUUGGUAGAAGCAUCAAAACACCAGUACGAUGUCAUCACGAUGGACCAUUUCAUGGCCAUAAACGAGAUGAAUGGCGAUGAAACCAUCAGAAAGCUUCGGUGUCGACUGCACAGCGAUGCAUUGAUCAUGGGCAUCUCGGGUAAUGACAAGCAAGUGGAGCACCUUCACGCCGGGGCUGAUUUGUUCUUUCUAAAGCCCUUGCCCAGUGACACCACUCUCAUUGAAUCCCUGCAGAACAAGUUGGCGCCUCCGGCGGGUUGGAAGGUCCUGAUCUUGUCGCCAGAUGCGAGUGUUUCUAGCUUGCUCACAGAACAACUGCACCGUGUCGCGUCUCCGCAUUUCACGACAAAGGAGGUUUCAGAAAAGCGAUGGACGAUAGUUUCACGUUCCAGCUAUCUCGUCGACGAUGCAGAAGACUUCGACAUGGUCGUGGUGGUAGAAUCCGGCAACUCGGAUGAUGCCUUGAGCUCAGAAGCGCGAAAGCAGUUGCGUGGCGUUGAACAAUGCGACAAACUCGUGGUCGUUGAGUGCUUGACUUCCGACGAGAAAAAGCGCGACAGCAAGAUUGUAUGCGACACAAGGGGCGACACAAAGCCAGCUGGGCCUGUAUGGUACUUGUCGAACUUGCCGUCAGUCGAAGGGAUGCGCCAGUCAUUGAGCCAGUCCCUGCUUGCCAUCCGCAGCACGCCAGAUAGAACAAAGAACUCAUCAGAGUCGGGUUUGCCAGUGCUUGCAACAGGUCUCCCACCCAAACGACAAAACUCGGGUGUGGCGAAAUCAGCAUGA